AAUGAAUGGAAAUUUUAAUCCACAAAAUUAUGUUGCAAUGUAUCAGAAUAGAAUGGAAAAUUUACUAAUUAUACAUCUAAGGUUACCUAAAACAACAACUUACAAACUAAAACUUUUUGCAGGUUUACAGAAUGUUAAAACAGAAUUGCAGAAAUGUUUGCACUACAAGAUUCAGUAUACAAAACAACAAGAAAGUGAAAAAAUCAAUCCUUUUCCUACAGUGAAAAAUACUGAACUUGGAAGAAUUUAUCAUUCCCCAAUUGGUAAUCCAAGAAAUUUAUCCCCUGCAAAUGGAAUAUUCAAUACCGAUGAGAAUUUUGCCGAAAUCAGCUUCGAAGUUGAUGAUGAAGAUUAUCAAUUUUACGUUGAUCUUACAAGCUUAAAAUACAAUUCAACAACAUUAAAACAAUAUUGCAUAACAACAUUUGAAAAUGGCAUUGUAAUUGUUAAAUUGUUUUUUCCAUCUUGUUGGCGAAUACGGCUUGGAAAACUUUAUUAUGGAGAAACUGUAAAAUUGCAGAUUUCAGGAUUUCAUGGUUAUGGUAUUAGAGCUUAUUUAACAGAAAAUAGUCAAGAUAUAAUAAAUUUCACACCUGAAAAUGAUAUUUGGACUUGUUAUGUUCAAGUUUGUAGAGGUUUAGGAGAUUUAAUUAUAGACGCAGCAUAUUCAAAACGCACUCAACAUUUCUCUGAAAUUCUAAGGUAUAAAGAUUUUCAUACAACUGCUCAACUGUCACAUUCUGAUGUUUAUGAUGAUGAAACACUUCUAAAUGAAGAAGAGAGAGAAGAGGAAGAGAAAGAAAAAGAGGAAAAUGAAGAAGAAGAGGAGGAGGGAGAGGAAGAGGAGGAAGAGGAAAAGAAAGAAGGAGAAAAGGGAGAGGAAGAGGAGGAAGAGGAAGAGAAAAAAAUACAAGUAGAGAAAAAAGUGCUAGAGAAUAUGGCUGGGACAGCACCUGAUUAUGAAGAAAAAAGGGAUCAAAUGGAAUCAGCGGAAUCUUCCCACAAAAAGGAAACAUUUUGGAAUAAAAAUGAUGAAGCAAGUUAUUCCGAAGAGGAAAAUGAUAUAACUGCAAUACAGAGUGGAGGAGAGUGCAACACAAAAAUAACUCAUAUAUUUCAGCUUUAUGUCUGCGUCAUGAUUGGUGAAGAACAAACAACAGAAGAGAAUAGGCCUGCAACAGAUAUUGUCAACCCCGACCAACAGAGUAGUAUUAAUAAUUCUCCUUGCUAUGUUGAAAUUAGAGAAACUCUCUAUAAUAUAAGAAAAAUGUAUCUUCAUGGGAAAGAUGGUGAAAAUGUUGAUGGAGAACAAACACAUGAAAAAGAGAAAGAUGAUGAUGAUGAUAAUAUUGAUAAUCAAGCAGAGGUUGACUACCAAAGCGAUAUAGAUAGGGACACAGAUACAGAAUCAAGUACAGACACAGAAUCAUACACAAGCACAGAAUCAUAUACAGAUACAGAUUCUGAAUUAACAACAUCUUCUUCCGAUGAAGAGGCAAUAGAAACCAAUUCGAAAGGCGAUACAAAAAAUAAAGAUGCUGAGUAUUCAACUAAAGUUAUUGAUGAAACAGUAAAAACACCAAUUAAUGAGUACAAAGAACAGCCAACAGUUGUAGUUCAUGAAGAAACUGGACAAGAUAACAAGAAUUUAGCACUCAAACUGGAAAUAAAUACAAACACGACAAAAGAAGAGAUGCAUCUAAAUCCUAUAAAAACUGAAUUGAUUAGAGCAAUUUCUAAUAAGGACUAUAAGAAAUUUAAAAAAGCUAUUAAGCCUGCAUCAGUGGAACCUGUCAACUACUCACUGAGAAAAGAACUUUGGAAGGCUAAUAGACUAUUAAACAAUUUAAAAGAGAUUAAAAGAUCACAGAAUAGAAUACUUAAAAUGGAUCAAAGAUGUAUAGCCGAAUUACAUAAUUACACGAAACCGCCAUCUGUUGUACAUACCGUUAUGAAAGCGGCGCUUCUCAUUUUGUCAAUUCCGGAAUCAGAAUCAAAAAAAUGGAAUGAAUGUCAAAAGCAUAUUAAAUUCGUUUCAUCACAAUCAAUCAUCAAGAAGAUAAGGAAAUUGAAAAUCUUAAAAGUUCACCCAGGCAUUAUAAUCAGAGCUCAGGAGAUGAUAUCUUCCGUUGACUUACAACAAGUAAGAGAGGCUAGAGCUGCGACAGCGUCAUUUUUUUUAUGGAUUUGUAAAAGUGUCAAAGUUUUUAAAAGGGUCCAUCAAAAGAAACUGUCGAAAUUUAGAUCAGCAAAUAUAACUGAACAGAAGAGAUUUUUUGGAAGAUGA